AAUUCUCGUGUUUCCUCAGAUUUAAUGGGCCUGUUUGACAAACUAGCGAGCUUUCUUGGUAUUCGGCGAAAAGAUUGCAAUGUUCUCGUGGUGGGACUGGAUAACAGUGGUAAGUCGACUGUGUUGAACCACUUCAAAUCCCCGGAUUGCAAAGACAGCAACGUGGUACCCACGAUCGGGUUCUCCGUUGAAAAAUUCAAAUACAAGAAUGUACAUUUCACUGCUUGGGACAUGUCUGGACAAGGACGGUACCGAAACUUGUGGGAGCAUUACUAUAGCGAUUGUCAGGGUGUCAUUUACGUUGUGGACAGCGCUGAUAAGCUUCGUCUUGCUGUAGCCAAAGAUGAAUUGGAUAUAUUGCUGAAGCAUCCUGAAAUCAAAAGCCGUUCAUUGCCGAUUCUUGUUCUGGCCAACAAGAUGGACUUGAGAGACGCCCUGAGUCCUGUUAAAAUCGUGCAGGGACUUGGUCUGGAUCAGGACUUGGUGAAAGACAAACCGUGGCAGAUAGCAGCAACCAACGCCUUGACUGGAGAUGGAUUAGCUGCAGGCGCUGACUGGCUCAGCGACCAAAUUCAACUCAAUCUAUCCCGGAGGAAAUGAAGGUAUUGUGCUGCAUAUCGUAUUGCGUGAAUCGAAUCCGGUUUUUAAAACAAUGUAGACGUGUUCAAUUGAUGUUAAACAAGGAAAACUGCACAAGCGACGUGGUGAUUAUUUCGAUUAUCUUCGGUGUGAUCUCGAUGAAAAAUGAAAGCCGUCCUAGAUCUCAAAUUAUUCGUGAAUGCUUUGUUUUGGUUUUUUUUUUUCGAUGUGAGAGCAAUGAAUACAGAAUGCUGUCUUGUGGUGCGAGAAA